UUUUCUUUCUUGUAUCAAACAGAAUGUAAGGUUUAAGUAAAGCCCAAUUCAAGAAAAGGCGAAGAAAAACAAAAGAAUGGGCCCUUAACAAAAAAGAAAUUAAAAAAAAAAAAGCAAAACAAAAAUCGGCGACCAAGACUUUGGGCAAUCGAUUAAUUGAGGAAAAAAAAGGAAAUUAAAGGAAAAAUUUUGAAGCAACGAACCCUCACCAGAUUUUUCUUCUUUAUUUGAAAGGCUUGCAAAGGGGGGAAAAGGGGAAUUUUGAUUUUGAGCGCAAAUUUUCCCUACAAAUUAAAGGAAAUGCGAUUGCGGUGGUGCUGGUGGUCGUCCGAUGAGAGAUCGGCUAAGGAGGAUCACCGCCGUUGAUGGGAAUUGUCGAGUUACAAAUGACUUGGCAGCCGAGUUUACUCAGUGAAAAACGGAAGAAAGGCCCUCCUUUAGGCUUAAGAAACCUCGGCAACUCUUGUUACCUCAACAGCGUUCUUCAGUGCCUCACCUACACUCCACCGCUCGCCAAUUUCUGCCUCCGCUCCCAACACUCCUCCUUCUGCGACGCCUCUGCCUCUAAAAAACCACGCGACUGUCCCUUUUGUAUCCUUGAAGGGUGGAUUACACGCUCCUUAACCCUCGAUCUCACCCUCGACGCACCUUCCAAGAUCCAAAGCUGCCUUAAAAUCUUCGCCGAGCACUUCCGGUUCGGACGACAAGAGGACGCGCACGAGUUCUUGCGUUACGUAAUCGAUGCUUGCCAUAACACGUGUCUGCGUUUAAAGAAGUUGCGGCGAAAUGGAAGUGAAGGAGGAGGAGGAGGCGAAGCGGUGAAUGGCAAUACCAUAGUUAAGGAGAUCUUCGGGGGUGCUUUGCAAAGCCAGGUUAAGUGUUUGGGGUGUGGUGGGGAGUCAAAUAGAGUUGAUGAGAUUAUGGAUAUUAGUCUUGAUAUUUUGAAUAGUGGUUCACUUAAAGAAGCUAUGCAUAAGUUUUUUCAGCCUGAAGUUUUGGAUGGGAAUAAUAAGUACAAGUGUGAAAAUUGUAAGAAAUUGGUAGCAGCGAGGAAGCAAUUGUCCAUACGUCAAGCACCUAAUAUCCUUGUUGUUCAACUAAAGAGAUUUGAGGGAAUCUUUGGUGGGAAGAUUGAUAGGCUCGUUACAUUUGAAGAAGUUUUGGUUCUUUCGAGCUUCAUGUGCAAAGCAAGCCAGGAUCCACAACCAGAGUAUAACCUAUUUGGUACUAUUGUGCACUCAGGACACUCACCUGAAUCUGGACAUUACUAUGCAUAUAUCAAGGAUGCAAUGGGCAGGUGGUAUUGCUGCAAUGACUCCUUUGUCUCACUUUCAAACCUGCAGGAGGUCUUGUCAGAGAAGGUUUAUAUUCUUUUCUUCUCUCGUACUAACCAAAGGCCAGGGUCUGUCAGUACCACAUUUUCUUGCAAUGGAGCUAAACCACGUGAUUCUAAUGGAAUUGAGGCAUCAAAAGUCCUGAAAGCUGUUCAAUUAAAACCAGUCCAAACAAAACCUUGUGUUGAACAAUCUUCACAGAAGGAUAAGGUUGGGAAACUGUCUUCAACUCCUCGGGUGAAAUUCAAUAUUUCUGAAAAACCUGGUCCCAAAAAGCUUCCUGUUACGGGUAAUGGAAAAGUUGACUUCCAUAAGAUUCAAAAUGUUGCUGUGAAUGGUGUUUCGAAGGAUUCAAUUCAUAUGGAGAAGAAUGAAAAAUGUGUGCUGUCAUUGAAGAAUGGGAACGGUAUUGACAAGAGCAGAAAAGUUGAUGCUGUUGGUAGUGUAAAAAGCCAACCAUUUGCAUUGGCAAAUGGAAGUUCUACAAAAUCAGAUCCUUUUGUGGUUAAUGUCAGCAAAAGCAUGGCAGUUGGAGGGCAGGUUGAUACUGCUCUUUUCAAUGCCUGUGACUCAGGGCGAAAGAAAAUUUCAGAAAAUACUUGUGAUAUUUCAGGGUUAAAGAGAAAAUCGGAAGAUUCUUGUAAUGUCUCAGGGCCAUGUAAUUUCUCAGGGCUAAAGAGAAAAUUGGAAGAUUCCUGUAACUUCUCAGUGCCAAAGAGAAAAUCAGAAGCCUCUUGUGAUAUUUCAGGGCCUAAGAGAAAAUCAGAGGAUUCUUGUGAUAAAUCAGGUCCAAUGACAAAAACAAAAGACUCCUGUGUUAACUCGGAGCCAAAUAGAAAAUUGAAAGACUCUUGUGAUUUCUCCAUGCCAAUGGGAAAAUUCUGUAUUCUGCUUUCCCAGGAUGCUCAAUCUCGUGCAGAAGUUGAAAAUGUGAAAGAAAUGUUGAAAAAAGAAGCUUCUUCAGUUUUGCGAUCGUGUGGCUGGUACUAUAAUGUUUACAGUUUCAUGAAUUUGAGGAAGCAGUCGUAUGCACUGGAGAUUGGAAGCACCAUUAGUGGCAAUGAUUUAGAGAAGAAGUUGAUUGCAGAGUCGAAGGCAACUUUUAUUCCACAGAUACCUGAGUCAUUGAAGGAGGAAUUAAUCAAACUUCUACAAUCUUUUAGCCUAACAAAACAAGAAUCUUUGGGUCCUUGAUCAGCUUGGCUGGUAUUGAAGCAAAUAACCUUUCAAUUCUCAAGAUUCAGUUAUUCUUAAUUCUGGUUAGGAUGUGAACUUCUUGGCUAAUAACUUCUACUCUUGCCAAUGCCUUCUGCUGUCUUGUUGCACAGAACCUUGGUGUAUAAUUAGUAUUGCUAAUUGGUGUUGUGGUGAAAGAAUAGAUCUUUGGGUGUAUGUUAGUUCUGUCUCUUUUAGCAACUUUCAGCAAUAGCAGGAGUUCGCCAUCUUUUCACGUUAUCAUUUGCCGAUGGCAACAUUGUGAUGCUUGUCGGUACCCUAUGAAUGAUUUUUAGAUCAAAGUGCUGAGUCCAAAUAUUGCCUAAAGUUUUGAUCUUCGAGGCCUUGAAGAUUUCUUUUUUCGGCAGAGAAGUGAGGAAUCUUUAUUCAUUUUGUACGAAAUCUAUCUUGGAAAAUUCAUUAGCAUAAAUUCUUCAUUUUACGGAUGCAUUACAAAUCUUCCGUCAAAAUUUGAUCAGAUAGUACCUGCUGUAUGUAUUACUAUGAAUGAGCUAAAUUCAACCAUAGAUGUUUCCUCAUAGUUGACAACUAAUUGUCACAUUCCUUGCUUCUUCUCAUUCAUUCGGAAUUUGUGAACGAAAGUGUACUAUAGUUUUAGUAAUCUAUGUGCAUGCUGUGCUGAGGUUUCUAUCCUGGUUUUCGAUUUCGUUAUUCUCAGUUUGGGACUAAGAGAGGGGUUGCUGAUGUUAGAAUUUGAAUUUCAAAUCUUUUGAAUGCUAUUGAUUUAUCUGAGUUAAAGUUUUGGAUUCAGAGUCAUGCAAAUUAUUACUGGCAACUUUUCGUUCGUAGAUUACAAAACUCUUUUUCUACGAGGUACAAUUUAUUAUUACUUAG